GCAGCAGCUGCAGCUGCCAUGCAGUUCCAGGCCCCCGUGCCUAUGACCGGGCCGCCCCUGUACGCGCCCACCCCACUGCUGCAACCGGUGCACCCCACGCCCUUCUACAUCGACAACAUCCUGGGCGGCGGCAGCAGCAGCAGAGGGACCCCCGGGCCGCCGCCGCCCACCCUGCCCUCGCCCAACUCCUCGUUCACUAGCCUGGUGGCCUCCUACCGGACCCCCAUCUACGAGCCCACCCCGCUGCACCCGGCCUUCUCGCACCCGCUGGCCUCCUACGCCCCCGGCCCCUAUGGCGCGCCCGCCGGCGGCCCCCUCUACCCGUUCCCCCGGGCCCUCGGCGACUACUCGCACGCCCUCCUGCGACCCGAGCACCUGGGGAAGCCGCUGCUGUGGAGCCCCUUCAUGCAGAGGCCGCUGCACAAGCGCAAAGGAGGCCAGGUGCGCUUCUCCAACGACCAGACGCUGGAGCUGGAGAAGAAGUUCGAGACCCAGAAGUACCUGUCUCCGCCCGAGAGGAAGCGCCUGGCCAAGAUGCUGCAGCUCAGCGAGAGGCAGGUCAAGACUUGGUUUCAGAACCGGCGGGCCAAAUGGAGGCGCCUCAAGCAGGAGAACCCUCAAGCCAGCAAAAAAGAGCUAGAGUGUGGGGAUAGCCAUCAAGACCUUAUACAGGACAGCCGUCUGAACUCUGAGCCGGAUAAGGAGGAGUCAUCCAACCUGCCACGGUACACCCCCUCACCAGCUUCCCAGGAAGAGCUCGAAUCCAACAUCUCAGAGGAUUCUGACCAAGAGGUGGACAUUGAAGGUGACAAGAGUUAUUUCAAUGGUCCCCACCAGUAGGGACCUUUUUUUUUUCAAAUAGACCUUCUCUCCGCUUGCACUUUAAGAGGAGUUGGCUUGACCAAAAAUGAUUUUACUUCAAAAGGUAGAAAAAAACCCUCCUUUCAUCUGAGAGAGAAAACUAACACAUUUCAGAACUCUGACAGGGUUUUUUUUGUUCAGACAAUCUGUUGAUACAUGGGGGCAGAGCCUUUUUUAAAAAAAAAAACAAGGGAGCUUGGUUUUUAAAUUGUGACAUUUGUAUGCUGAUGAUUUUUACAUUCACUUGGGAGUAUGCUAUUACCCCCUCCUCUAGGAAUUGCAAUCUUUGGGUCUGACGAUCCUGACCCUGAUGAGAAAAAUGUAUUUGAUUUCAUAGGAAGAAUUUCACAUCUGGUAGGCAGCCUUUUGCAACCCUUUCCCAGGUGUAAAUGUAUGCAGAGAACUGAAACAGAGAAGUUUUAAAUGCUGGUCAUAACAGUGGUAUUAAUUAAAAGAGGGUGGGUGAAGAGAUGUGAUCAAGAGCCAGUGUGAUGGACUGGCUGGCAUGGACUGGGUUUGAACCCCCACUCUGCCAUGGAAACUUGCUCCAUGGGUGACCUUGGGCCAGUCAUUCUCUUUCAGCUUAAGCUUCCUCACAGGGUUGUUGUGAGGAUAAAGUGGAGCAGGGAAAGUUAUUUAUGCUGUCCUGAACUCCGUAGAAGGAGGGCAGGAUAACCAGGAAUAGAUUUGCCCUAUCAAGUGCCUUAUGCCUUCAAGAGGUGAUUCUGAGUAUUCAGUCUUGCUUCAGAACACAAGAGGACAUCAAAAUCUGUCUAGUCCAAUAUUCUUUGCAAGAAUUUCAGCAAACAACAUCAACCACUGUCUACCUUCUGUUCCAUACCACUGCCUCAUUGCUUAAAAAGAACCUCAGGAGAUCCCUGCUGGGUCAGAUUAUUGGCCAUCUGGAACAGAAUCCUUUUUCCCAAGGACAUCCGCCAGAUGCCCUACAAACAGGGCCAUGGACACCGCAGCUACCUCCAACUGCUCUUCUUCAGCCAUGGACAUUCAAACACAUAUUGUCUCUCAGCAUGGAGAUUCCAUUCAGCCUGGAUGGGUGUGUCAUUCAUGAAGUUGUCCAGUCUCUCUUUUUUAAAAAACCAAGGUAGUGGCCUUUAGCUGUGGUAGAGAGUUCCACAAGUUAAUUGUGUGGGAAGGAGCAUUUAAUUUGUCUGUCUGGACUAAGAGGUAUUUCACUUCAGAACAUACAAAGUUGUCUUAAAGUGAAUCAGACCAUUGCUUGUUCUAUAGUCUGUCUCGGAAAAAGAUGUUAAUACGGUUGUAUAUUCCUCUGCCACAGAACUCAACAUGCCGGACCUUCUUUUUUGUAGAAUGCUCUGCCUGGGUCCUAGUGCUUACCUAGCCCUGCUCCCCCCAUCUGUUU